UCUAAAGGAACCAGUCCUUGUUACAGAAAUGAGUUAAAGAAACCACACCAGCAGCAGCAUUCGGUGCAAAUCUAAAUAAAGUGCUUCAGAAUGGCUUCAAGUUCAGGUACUAUGAAGCGUUCAUUUACAAGUGUGUCCAUCCUUCCAGAUAAUAGUAACCAACAAGAUGCCAUCCGAAUAUUCAAAAUCGAUCCAGAGAAGGGAAAAAUGAUAUUUUACGAAGAUCCACUGAAGUUACUACUAAAAAACUCUAAGAUCAAAAAGUACAAAGUUUGUGUCAUUUCAGUCAAUGGAAGCUACAGGACAGGCAAAUCUUUUCUUCUCAAUUUCUUUUUGCAUUUUUUGAAGAAGAAGUGUCAAAGUGUGGAACAAGAAUGGAUGGAUGUUAACGACACCCUAACUAGGGAAUUUUAUUGGCGAAAAAGUUGGCAGAGAGUUACAGAUGGUAUACUUAUAUGUCCGGAAAUUUUUUUAACGGAAACAAAAGAAGGCGAAAAAAUUGCUAUAAUUUUGAUGGACACUCAAGGAACAUCUGAUCACCAAACUUCUUAUGAUGAGGGCACUAAGAUUUUUGCCCUCAGUGCAUUAAUUAGCUCAGUUCAUAUUUACAACAUCCAGAACAGACUUGAUUUCGAGCAGCUUGGAGUUCUACAAUUAUUUACAGGAUAUGGGGCGAUGUUUAGCGACAGCGAGAAGAAACCUUUCCAAGAUUUGGUCAUUUUGAUUCGAGACUGGGUAAAUCAUGAAGCCUACGGUUUCGGUUUUGAAGGGGGCGAGAACUUAUUAAUUUCCACUUUCAAGGAACACGAAAAAUCCAACUCACGUGAAAUACAAAAAACUAUUAGAGAUAAUUUUGCAAAUGUUCAGUGCUUUCUUAUGCCAAGGCCUGGGAGUAAAGUUGAGACAAAGGAAUUUAAAGGCGAUUUUAAUAAAAUUAAGAAAAUAUUUCGCGAUCAUGUGAAAACCUUUGUUGAAAAUAUUUUAACGCCCGAGAAUCUAGUACCGAAAAAGAUUAAUAAUAAAUUUGUUACGGUCGAAGAGUUAUUUGAAUUUAUUCGUGGUUACUGGAGCUGUAUUAAUGAGAAAGAUGAGUUAUGCAUUGAAUCAGUUUACAUGACAGCUAUUAAGAUUUCUCUUCAAGAUCUUGUGAAUGGAAAGGUAGAAGAAUAUAAGAAGCGUUUAGGGAGUUGUACAGAUCAAACACAAGCCAACGAUGAGAAAAGUGAGAUUUUGAAAGAAUUUGAAAAUGAAAGGGAGAUGAAGUUGGGCUCAAAAGAAUUGCUAGAAAGUUUUAAAAAACAGCUUGCAGAGACACUUGAUAAGAUGUAUGAUGACUUUCGCGUACUUUUCAACCACGAAAAUCAACUAAAAAAGGAUUAUUUCACCGUUGUUAAAGAAUGCAAAACUGCAGAAGAAGCUCAGGAAAUGAUCAAGACAAGGUUGGAGAUAUUUGAAAAAGAGAACUUGAACUGCAACAGGGAAUUACGAGAUCUUUUUAAGCAGCGCCUAAAUGCAACACUUGAUAAGAUGUAUGAUGACUUUUGCGUACUUUUCAACCAUGGAAAUCAACUAAAAGACGAUUAUUCCACCGUUGUUAAAGAAUGCAAAUCUGUAGAAGAAGCUCAGGAAAUGAUCAAGACAAGGUUGGAGAUAUUUGAAAAAGAGAACGUGAACUGCAACAGGGAAUUACGAGAUCAUUUUAAGCAGCGCCUAAAUGCAACACUUGAUAAGAUGUAUGAUGACUUUUGCGUACUUUUCAACCAUGGAAAUCAACUAAAAGACGAUUAUUCCACCGUUGUUAAAGAAUGCAAAUCUGUAGAAGAAGCUCAGGAAAUGAUCAAGACAAGGUUGGAGAUAUUUGAAAAAGAGAACGUGAACUGCAACAGGGAAUUAGGAGAUCAUUUUAAGCAGCGCCUAAAUGCAACACUUGAUAAGAAGUAUGAUGGCUUUUGCGUACUUUUCAACCAUGGAAAUCAACUAAAAGACGAUUAUUCCACCGUUGUUAAAGAAUGCAAAUCUGUAGAAGAAGCUCAGGAAAUGAUCAAGACAAGGUUGGAGAUAUUUGAAAAAGAGAACGUGAACUGCAACAGGGAAUUAGGAGAUCAUUUUAAGCAGCGCCUAAAUGCAACACUUGAUAAGAUGUAUAAUGACUUUUGCGUACUUUUCAACCAUGGAAAUCAACUAAAAGACGAUUAUUCCACCGUUGUUAAAGAAUGCAAAUCUGUAGAAGAAGCUCAGGAAAUGAUCAAGACAAGGUUGGAGAUAUUUGAAAAAGAGAACGUGAACUGCAACAGGGAAUUACGAGAUCAUUUUAGGCAGCGCCUAAAAGAAACACUUGAUAAGAUGUAUGAUGACUUUUGCGUACUUUUCAACCACGGAAAUCAACUAAAAAAGGAUUAUUCCAUCGUUAUUAAAGAAUGCAAAACCGUAGCAGAAGCUCAGGAAAUGAUCAAGACAAAGUUGGAGAUAUUUGAAAAAGAGAACGUGAACUGCAACAGGGAAUUACGAGAUCAUUUUAAGCAGCGCCUAAAUGCAACACUUGAUAAGAUGUAUGAUGACUUUUGCGUACUUUUCAACCAUGGAAAACAACUAAAAGACGAUUAUUCCACCGUUGUUAAAGAAUGCAAAUCUGUAGAAGAAGCUCAGGAAAUGAUCAAGACAAGGUUGGAGAUAUUUGAAAAAGAGAACGUGCACUGCAACAGGGAAUUAGGAGAUCAUUUUAAGCAGCACCUAAAUGCAACACUUGAUAAGAAGUAUGAUGACUUUUGCGUACUUUUCAACCAUGGAAAUCAACUAAAAGACGAUUAUUCCACCGUUGUUAAAGAAUGCAAAUCUGUAGAAGAAGCUCAGGAAAUGAUCAAGACAAGGUUGGAGAUAUUUGAAAAAGAGAACGUGAACUGCAACAGGGAAUUACGAGAUCAUUCUAAGCAGCGCCUAAAAGAAACACUUGAUAAGAUGUAUGAUGACUUUUGCGUACUUUUCAACCACGAAAAUCAACUAAAAAAGGAUUAUUCCACCGUUGUUAAAGAAUGCAAAACUAUAGAAGAAGCUCAGGAAAUGAUCAAGACAAGGUUGGAGAUAUUUGAAAAAGAGAACGUGAACUGCAACAGGGAAUUACGAGAUCAUUUUAAGCAGCGCCUAAAUGCAACACUUGAUAAGAAGUAUGAUGACUUUUGCGUACUUUUCAACCACGGAAAUCAACUAAAAAAGGAUUAUUCCACCGUUGUUAAAGAAUGCAAAACUAUAGAAGAAGCUCAGGAAAUGAUCAAGACAAGGUUGGAGAUAUUUGAAAAAGAGAACGUGAACUGCAACAUGGAAUUACGAGAUCAUUUUAAGCAGCGCCUAAAUGCAACACUUGAUAAGAAGUAUGAUGACUUUUGCGUACUUUUCAACCAUGGAAAUCAACUAAAAGACGAUUAUUCCACCGUUGUUAAAGAAUGCAAAUCUGUAGAAGAAGCUCAGGAAAUGAUCAAGACAAGGUUGGAGAUAUUUGAAAAAGAGAACAUGAACUGCAACAGGGAAUUAAGAGAUCAUUUUAAGCAGCGCCUAAAAGAAGGUCUUAAAAAUGUGUAUAAUGAUUUUUUCAUACUUUUCAACCAUGUAAAUCAGCUAACAGAGGAAUAUUGUGAAAGUAUUAAAAAAUACAAAACUUCACUGGAGGCUUCGCAGGGGGUGAAAGAAAUUUGUAGUAUAUAUGAAAAUGACAGCACAUACUGCAAGAAUAAAUUUCGAAAUCAUUUUAAGAAACGUCUAAAUGUAUUCCUUUCGGACGUGUUGGAGAAAUUUAGGAUGACCGAUUAUCUAAAAAAGCAAUACUCCAUGCUUAUUAACGAAUGCAGCACUUUAAAAGAAGCCGAUGAAAAGUUGGAGCGAAUUUUGCUUGAAUUUGAAAGAAAUAACUUGAAUUGCGAGGAUGAAUUACGAAAUACAUUGAAGAUACAUUUGAUGGAAGAAUGUUUCAAAAUAUAUAAAAGGAGCAAAGAGAAAAUUGAAAUGAAGCAUGUCGAUUAUGUUUCUAAUAAUAUUGAACACUGGGCUGGAACCAGUUUAGGAGUUCUUGGGGCAGUUGCUGGUGGAGUAGUAGGUGGUCCCAUAAUGAGCCUUGUUCUGUUUGGAGCUGGUAAAUCUGUGGGAGGUGGACUCGGUCUAAUUUCACGUGGAGUUGGAGCAUUUGCAGUAAAACUAAGAAAUUAUAACAACGAGGCUGAAGAAGAAUAAUCUUCGUACUCUAAAUAAGAAAUAUUUUCCAACUGACAUCAUUUUGCAGAGUAAUGAGUUAUUUGGGGGUAUGUUGCCCAUAGCAAGAGAAUUUUUUAUGUAGUUUCUUUUUAAUCUUCGAUUAUAUAUUUUUUCUGUAUUUCUUGGUAAUGAUUACAUAGCCUUGAAUAGCAAACAAAAACUGUUAUUUUAGAUUUAUUAGAUUUGUCAACUGGUAUUUCCUAUUUGCAUAUAUUUUUUUAUCAUUGAUAUUAAUAUAACUAGUUUAUCCAA